CUUAUUAGUGGAACACAUACAAUGAUACAACAAAACAAAAAACGCUUCACCAAGUGCUUACCGUUACCGCGUAUCUUUUGAUUAACCCAACAUUGCAGUCCAACUGUGACACGCUCGUAAUUAAUUACGCUUCCAAAGAAAAAGUCCACCAUAAAUUAACUUAAUUAUCAUCUCUAUAAAUCACCCUCUUCUCUCUUUCAAACCUUAUCACAACAACAACAACAACCAGAACAAACAAACAACCAAACAAACAAGUACUAGUUCGGUUUUCUUUGAAUUUCCGAAAAUGCCUAGAAAAGGAAUGAGAAGCAUAUUUUUCCAACCAUCUGCUUCUUCAAUGUUUCCACCACCCUCUCCUCUCCGCACUUUCUCGGAGUCAUUAAUGGAUGAAAACAUCGAAACCGCAGAAUCACUUAUUACCAAAUGGGAUUAUUCCAACGCGAAUCAAUCCAAACAGAUCAUAACCCCUCUUUUCAGCCCCGGCACUCGCCAUGAAGCAAGACAGUAUCUUAACGCUGUCAAGGGACUACAAUCCGCUAUGCAGUACCUCGUCACACGUGAUUCCACCUCCAACACACUCGUAAAAGCUCAAUUCCUAAUGCAACUCGCUAUGAAAACUCUUCAGAAAGAGUUUUAUACGAUUCUAUCGCAAAACAGAGAAUGUUUAGACCCUGAAACCGUUUCCAACCGUUCCUCGGUGGAUCGUAGAAGCAGUGUUAGUGUUUCCGAUUACGACGAUGAAGUCUCCGUCUCCGAAGAUGAGUUUCGUGUUGCUGGAAAUACUAUUUCUGAGACGGAGAGGGUUUCCAUGCUUGCUAUGGUGGAUUUGAAAGCUAUUGCUGAUUGCAUGAUCUCGUCUGGCUAUGGAAAAGAGUGUGUCAAGGUUUAUAUAGUUAUGAGAAAAUCUAUUGUUGAUGAAGCGCUUUAUCAUCUCGGAGUUGAACGGUUGAGCUUCUCUCAGAUUCAGAAAAUGGAUUGGGAAGUUAUUGAGCUGAAAAUCAAGACGUGGUUGAACGCGGUUAAAGUCGCCGUCGGAACUCUCUUUCACGGCGAGAGAAUCCUCUGCGACGAGGUCUUCGCUAACUCUUCAGGGAAGAGAAUCGCCGAGUCGUGUUUCGCGGAGAUAACCAAAGAAGGUGCUGCUUCGUUGUUUGGAUUCCCGGAGAUGGUGGCGAAAUGCAAGAAAACGUCUGAGAAAAUGUUUAGAAUUCUUGAUUUGUACGAAGCUAUCUCUGAUAUCUGGCCACAAAUUCAAUCGAUUUUCUCGUUUGAAUCAACUUCAAACGUCCGCUUACAAGCCGUUACGUCGAUGGCGAAACUCGCGGACGCCGUUAAAACGAUGCUAACGGAUUUCGAAUCCUCGAUUCAGAAAGAGUCGUCAAAGAAAAAACUCCCCGGCGGCGGCGUCCAUCCCAUAACACGCUAUGUCAUGAAUUACAUCGCCUUCCUCGCCGAUUACAGCGGCGUGUUAUCCGAUAUCGUCUUCGAUUUGCCGCAAUCUCCGUUGCCGGAGUCUUACUUCCAAAGUCCCAUGCGCGGCGAGAAUCAAUCAUCUUCAGAGAUAUCAGAGAAAAUCGCGUGGCUGAUACUCGUUCUUCUCUGCAAGCUUGACGUAAAAGCAGAGCUCUACAAGGAUGUAGCGCUUUCGUAUCUUUUUCUUGCUAACAACAUGCAAUACGUCGUCGUAAAGGUUCGAAGAUCAAACCUAGGGUUUCUUCUCGGAGAAGAAUGGUUAAAGAAUCAUGAACUAAAAGUUAGAGAGUAUGUGUCCAAAUUUGUGCGAUAUGGAUGGAAUAAAGUAUUCUCCACGUUGCCGGAGAAUCCCACGGCGGAGAUGCCGGUGGAGAAAGUGAAGGCUAGCUUCUUUAACUUCAACGCUGCGUUUGAUGGAGAGUGUAGGAAACAGUCUUCGUGGGUUGUAUCCGACCCGAAACUCCGAGAUGAAAUCAAAGGUGCUGUGGGUUCGAAGCUGUUGUCGAGGUACGGUGAAUUCUAUGAGAUGAACCGGGUUGGGUUCGAGUCAAUAGUGAGAUAUGAACCGGAAUAUAUAGAAAGUUGUUUGUGUAAAAUUUUGUACGGAGUUGGAGAUUCGGGGAGUGUUUCGUCUUUUUCUUCGACGACGUCGUCUUCUCGUGGCUCUAAUCGCCAUUGAAAUUGGAGUUGUCGUUGGAUCAUGAUGACCUUACGAGUCAUCUCACCUCUUGUAAUUUAUUUUAUUAAUUAAUGUAUAAAAACGACUAAAAGAGUAUAAUAUCAAAUGUUCAAUUUUUUUUA